AUGUUCAUCCGAGUGGCUCUUCUGCUGCUUCUCGCCUAUGCCGUCCUCAUCGAGUCCUCGAAGAUUCACGAUAUUCUAAAGAAAAUUGGAAAGCGAUUGCCGAAAAAGGAUAACACUGAAUUGGGACUUCUUGAAACGAUUGUCAAUGAUGUAGACGCAUAUAAUCGUUUGUCAGAAGAAGAGCAGCACAAGAGGAAGUUGGAGACUGCGGAAGGGAUGAUGCACUUGUUUACACGAGUCUCCUCCAAUUACCAUGGAGACUUCAACAAAGCGUUUACUAUAAUUGAAUCACUUCUAGAGCCUGAUAUGACUGCUGAAAUCUGUGGAGAUGGCAAAAAUCUGAAUUCAUAUCAAUUCAUGAAACACUUGCGUCAAAGCUCAACUUUAUAUUAUGGAAGAUUUGUUCAAUCCGAUUACUUCGAUAUUUUCAAAACGGAUCGGGACACCCUUCAUAUGAUUACAAACUUCACUCAGACGGAUAAAAAUGGGCUGAAAGUAGUUUUUGAAUAUGAUAUCAAGAUGAAAACAACGUACACGACGAGUUAUAUAUUUUCAAUCACUCAUGUCACUCAAGGCGGAUCUUGUGCUGAUAACGGACUGGCUAGUUUCUCAAACCCGGAACUAGAAGGCGUUGAUUGGAUGGUGGAUGACAUCAAAGAACUGCAAACGAAACCAAGCGCAAAGCUAUUCUUCAAACUUUUCACUCCAUCAGUGGUCCAAAAUUUCGAAGAAAAUGCGAAUAUGAUACCAAAACAGUGGAUGGGCGGAAUCAAUUCUUCUGUUACCAAAAUCACUGUGUGCCAGGAGAAAAUUCCGGACUCGGUUGAGUACACGGAGGAAGCAUUCCGUUCUUGGUACCUUCAAUUCAGACUGAUGUGGCACCCGAAGAAAGGAGCUGAGGAUACCUAUACUCUGCAAAUAUUAGAGCUGAAACCUGAUUCAAUUAUUGCAAGAGUCACCAUGAAACUUCAAAUGGGCAGGAAAGAAGAUGCACCUGUUCAUGAUUGGAAUUUCAAGUUCUCCGGAAAAAAUAUCAGUGGGACUUGGAAUUUUGAGCGAAUUGAAGUGUUGUGUAAUCCAACUGUCGAGUACAAGGACCAGUCUCUGAAUUUCAUCCGUGAAGUUGUUGCCAGAAAGUUCGGAGAUGAUCUGAAAGACCGAAACAACACAGAGUGGUAUUCUACUGUAGCGUUUAUCAAAGACUUCACCAAGCAUAAUAAUUUCGAAAUGACGGAUUGCAUCAAGGAUACUGUACAAAAAAUUACUCUUUACGACCUAUUCAAAAAAGACCAAGAUGACGUACACGGUAUCAAGUUCACUAAAUACUACAUUGAGGAGGAGAACAUCGAGUUCCCAGCUCCUGAUACUGCCACAUUCCGCUUCAAAACUGCCUCCAAGCCAGCUGAUGCUAGUGCAGAUCAGACGGAAGAGAAGGAACAUGAAUGGACAUUUGAUAUCAAAUGGGACCAAAUGGAUCAAUUCUAUUAUAUUGAGAAAAUGGGAAUCGGGUGUGAAAAGAAAUGGUCGUUCAUGGGAACUGUCCAAAACAUUUUUGGUCGCUGA